CGGGGAGGGGCGCGGGCUGCGCGCUCGCCGGCCGCGUCUCUUUCGCUUUGGUCGGUGGCGGGAGGAGCGGGACCCCCCCACUUGAAGGCUCUUUCCUCGGCGCGUCCCCGCCGCCCCCGGUCCCGGCGCGGGGCUCGGGGAUGCCCGCCGGCAUGUUCAGCAUCGACAACAUUCUGGCCGCUCGGCCGCGCUGUAAGGACUCGGUGCUGCCGUUGGCGCCCAGCGCCGCGGCGCCCGUCGUCUUCCCGGCCCUCCACGGGGACUCGCUGUACGGCGCCGGCGGCGGCGCCUCCUCGGACUAUGGCGCCUUCUACCCGCGCCCUGUGGCCCCCGGCGGCCCGGGCCUCUCGGCCGCGGUCGGCAGCUCCCGCCUGGGCUACAACAACUACUUCUACGGGCAGCUGCACGUGCAGGCGGCGCCCGUGGGCCCGGCCUGCUGCGGGGCCGUGCCGCCGCUGGGCGCCCAGCAAUGCUCCUGCGUCCCGACGCCCCCAGGCUACGAGGGCCCCGGCUCGGUGCUGGUGUCACCGGUACCGCACCAGAUGCUGCCCUACAUGAACGUGGGCACGCUGUCGCGCACGGAGCUGCAACUUCUCAAUCAGCUUCACUGCCGGCGAAAGCGGCGGCACCGCACUAUCUUCACCGACGAGCAGCUCGAAGCGCUGGAGAACCUCUUCCAAGAGACCAAGUACCCGGACGUGGGCACGCGCGAGCAGCUGGCCCGGAAAGUGCACCUCCGCGAGGAGAAGGUGGAGGUCUGGUUUAAGAACCGCCGCGCCAAAUGGAGGCGGCAGAAACGGUCAUCGUCGUCGGAGUCGGAAAACGCCGAGAAAUGGAACAAGACGUCGUCCAAGGCGUCGCCCGCGAAGAGGGAAGAGGAAGGUAAAAGCGAUUUGGACUCGGACAGCUGACGGCCGCGGGCCGGCCGUGGCACUUGGCUAACUCGAAGGACUUGCACAGACAGACGACGCUACUUUCUUGCACACGCGCUGCCUUGCGGGAGGGGAUUGAGAGAGAGAAACGGGGAGCUGUAAAUAGUGUACAGACCGCGAGGGUUGGCGCCUGGGGCCUGGGCAGUGCUGGGGGUCGCAGCCCCACAGGCCGAGGCUGGCCGGCGCCUUGUUCCCAAUCGUAGUAUUUAUAGUUAAGUUAACGGUGACAUAAUAAAGCGAUGGCGAUG